AUGCUUCUUUAGUUACCGGUUGACAGGAACUGAAUGGCGUGUGUCAUGUGACCGGAAGUGCAGACGACUUGGGCGAAGGACAUAAAUUUUCAAGGACGGGUGCGUUUCAAAGUUUAAAGAUGCUCGCAUCGCGGUUCGGCCUCAUGGGUCGCUCUCCACCAGUGCGUUCGGGUGUCAUCAGUAUUGUGCAGAAACGAAAUGCAUCUGAGGCUACCUUCCAGACUGAGCAAUACAAACUGCACAAGCUAGAGACGGGUCCUUCGACCACUGUAACAGUAAACAGAGAGGAUGCCCUGAAAUAUUUUCGACAGAUGACCACUGUGCGCCGAAUGGAGACGGCUGCAGCUGGUCUGUACAGAGCCAAGGUCAUCAGAGGGUUCUGUCAUCUGUAUUCUGGUCAGGAAGCCUGUUGUGUGGGGAUGGAGGCUGCCAUCACCCCAGAGGACUCUGUGAUCACAGCUUACAGAGCUCACGGCUGGACCUUCAUGAGAGGGGUGAGCCCACAGGCCAUUCUCUCGGAGUUAACAGGUCGGUCCACAGGAUGUGCCAAAGGAAAAGGAGGGUCCAUGCAUAUGUAUGGAAAGAAUUUUUAUGGAGGAAAUGGUAUUGUUGGAGCUCAGGUGCCACUGGGAGCUGGUAUAGCAUUUGCACACAAGUAUAAAGGGGAAGAGAAUAUAUGUAUAUCUCUGUAUGGAGAUGGCGCUGCCAAUCAAGGACAAUUAUUUGAGGCUUUUAAUAUCGCUAAAUUAUGGAAUCUACCAGUGAUAUUUGUUUGUGAGAAUAAUGGCUAUGGUAUGGGAACAAGUGUAGAAAGGGCGUCAGCGUCUUCUACAUACUACACCAGAGGGGACUAUAUACCAGGGUUGUGGGUAGAUGGUAUGGAUGUAUUAGCCGUGAAAGAGUGCACACGCUUCGCUAGAGACUUUGUGUUAAAACAAGGCCCCCUGAUGAUAGAGAUGGCUACCUACAGAUACCACGGCCACAGUAUGAGCGACCCAGGAACCAGUUACCGUACCCGUGAGGAGAUUCAGGAAGUCCGUCAGAGGAGGGAUCCCAUCACUAACCUUAAGGAGAGGAUUGUGUCAGCUGAGCUGGCCACAGAGGAGGAACUCAAAAAAAUUGACAACGAGAUUAAAAAAGAAAUUGAUGAGGCUGUGGAGAAGAGCAAAACUGACCCAGAACCAGCUCUAGAGCAACUGUAUAACCACGUCUACGUUGAUGUGCCUUCCGAUUUCAAAAUUAGGGGCUGUGACGCCUUCAGCUACUUUGAGUCCAAGUCCUAGUGUACUAUUGCUGCCGUUAUGUGUGUUGAGAUGUGUCUGUGUGUUAAACACAAGAAUCUCAGCAGGGCUAUAUAAGGAACAGACAGAAUUUGACAGGGAACCAUAAAGAGAAAGCGCAUUUUGUGUUUAUAGGGUGGGGUGUCCGACAGUGAAAAAUGAAACCAUAGAAGUGCCACAGAGUAUUCUUUCAAAUCAUAAAACGUCUACCGUCAAAUGUCACAAAACAUUACCUCGAAAAAGAGAAGCUUUAAAAAUAUGUGCAGAACGUAACCAUACAUUUUACUUGAAAUUGUCGUGAUU